AUGUCGCAUCUUUCCACUUUUGACCCCAUUGCCUCUGAUGCGCCGAUGCCAGGCGAAGUUGCUGCCAGGGACUUGCCAGCUCGAGGAAGGCGCGGCAGGAGGCUCUCCACUUCAAAAACUACGACUUCUCAAGCAGAAUCAGCAGAAGCUCGUUCUGGCACCGACGCAGAUCUCAGCGAAGAGGUCCAAGGGAAUGGAAGCCCGACCCGACCCACCGGUUCGCGACGGACGGGGCCUUCCAAAGCGAGAGCGGCGAAAGCGGUGAAAGCGGCGCCGGCGCAGGCCGCCCAGGUCGCCCUGGCCCAGGCUGAUGCCGGCCAGGCGCAAGCGGCGCAAGGAAGAGCUACGGCAGCUGCGGAUGGCAAAGAUGGCAAAGUGCGGGGAGAGCGGGCUGGAGCGGCGAACUUCGAGACAGAGCCUGCAGAAAGGGUCCAUCCAGCUUUGGUUUCGCUUCCCUCGCUGUUUCGAUCCGCUUCCGCGCAAUCUGAGAUGGCAGGCAGUCACGUCAGCACCAUCCGCUCAGGACGAGCGAGAUCGAAGAUGAAAGCUUCCGGCGACGACCCGAGUGACAAGAAGCUGAAGGCGGCUAACUUGGAAAAUCGGUCGGUGGCACGCAAACUAAAUCAAAGACAACAGGAGUUGGAGAAGCUCGCGAAGCAGGCUCUAGGGCGCAAGGCCACUGUGCCUCGAAAGCAAGACACUGACACUGAAGCAGGCUGGGAAAAGAAGAUCCACGGUAUGCAGGUCAGCAUCAGGAAUGGGGCGAAAAUGGCGGACUUUUGGGAGGAGCGGCUGGGAGUUUGGCAUGAGGAGGUAGAAGCUCGUUGCGGGGAGGAGGUCUUGCUUGAGCUCCAGCGGCUGUCAGAGUUGAAGCCCCCGGAGCGAGAUUUGAUGCCUUUGCAGAUGGCACUGCUCAGGCGUGCAAGGACGGACAUGCAGAAUGUGGACAGGGUGCAGCAGGCUGGAACAGAUCUCAAGCAGCGCUUUGCUGCGGCAGUGGAGCAUGGAGAUGUGAACCUCAAGGAUCUUCAACAGGAAGUGUCCAACAUGAUGAAGCGGCUCUCGGCGGACUUGUCACUGGGUCCUCCAGGCCUUGCUCUGACUGCAACCGCAGUAUCUGCUGGGACAGCUGGUGCUACCAGGUCCCCUGCAGGGCGUGUCGGCGAAGGUGCAGCCGACGCUACCACUGCGCGCAGGUCAGUCCACAAGUCCAUGAAGAGCCGGAAGACGGCCGUAGAGGCAGCUCGGGAGGCUUUACGCCAACGUAUGGCAGGCGCGCAUGUCCUGACCUAA